GCAAAAGCUAUUGAGCAAAAGCGCUAUUGAGCAAAAGCAAGAGCAAAAGAGAACUACUGAACAAAAGCAGCAAGCUUGCUAGUGAUCAGAGAGAGAAUAUAUAGGGCGGUGACUCUACCGCUGGCGCCUGAGGUUAGAAUCAAUGGCGUGGAUGCAAUCGCCGAUGCCUUCGACGUAGACUCCAUCUCGAUCGCCGGUACUCUCACCGUCGCCGUCGCUUGUGAUCGCAGAUUAUCGAUCACGGCUCAGAACUCAAGUUGAAAACAGAUCGUAACAAGAAUUGUACUAGUCUCUUAAAGCAAGCCACCGCAAUGAAGAACAAGCAGAAGAUGUCGGCCCUCGCCAACUCCUACGACGAGCACAUUCGCCCUCUCCUCGACGCCAUCGACCGUCUCCGACACCUGAAACUCAUGCAAGAAGGAAUCCAACUGCCAACCAUCGUAGUCAUUGGUGAUCAAUCCAGUGGCAAAUCCAGUGUCCUAGAAUCCCUCGCUGGCAUCAGCGUCCCUCGAGGCCAAGGGAUUUGCACUCGCGUUCCCUUAACAAUGCGCCUUCAAGAUCAUCCAACGCUCUCGACGCCCAAGCUUCAACUCGAGUACAGAAACAAGACAGUGCCCACCUCUGAGGAAUUUGUUGCUGAUGCAAUCAAUGCUGCAACCGAAGAGAUUGCUGGAUCUGGCAAAGGAAUCUGUAGCACUCCCCUUACUCUUGUCGUCAAGAAGAGUGGAGUCCCUAAUCUGACAAUGGUCGAUUUGCCUGGGAUCACUAGAGUCCCUGUUCAUGGGCAGCCUGAUGACAUUUAUGAACAGAUUGCCUCCAUAAUAAGAGAAUACAUCUGUCCCCAAGAAAGCAUAAUUCUGAAUGUUUUAUCUGCCACUGUCGAUUUCACCACUUGUGAAUCGAUCUUGAUGUCUCAGAAAGUCGAUAGGACUGGGGAGAGAACACUGGCAGUGGUUACCAAAGCUGACAUGGCUCCUCAAGGGUUGCUUGAAAAGGUGACCGUCAAUGCUGUGAACAUUCAGCUUGGAUAUGUUUGUGUUAGGAAUCGGAUUGGAGAGGAGUCCUAUGAUCAGGCUCGAGAGGAGGAGACCAGGCUGUUUUCAUCGGAUCCAUUGCUGUCAAAGAUUGAUAAGUCGAUGGUUGGGAUUCCUGUUCUUGCUCAGAAGUUGAUGCAGAUACAGGCGGCGUGCAUUUCAAGAUGCUUGCCUGACAUUGCCAAUAAAAUCAAUGAGAAACUAAACCGAAAUACAACUGAACUUGACCAAAUGCCACAGAAUCCUACAUCUUUUGGUGAUGCGAUAAGGGCAUUCAUUCAUAUGCUCAGUUCUGCAAAAGAGUCUUUACGAAACAUACUGAUCAGAGGAGAAUAUGAUGAUGAUUCUAAUGAACAAAUGCAUGGCAGGGCUCGGCUUGCAGAUAUGCUCUUCAAGUACUCAAAGGAGUUGCCUUCAGAGUGUCCGACUUCACAGAAAGAGUUUCUGAUCGAUGAGAUUAAGGUGUUGGAGGAGUCCAAUGGGAUCGGGCUUCCCAAUUUUAUGUCGAGGAGUGCUUUCAUAACUCUGUUGCGAAGGAAACUAAAGCACAUUUCUGAUACGCCAAUUGAGUUUAUGACCAAAGUUUGGGGCUAUCUCGAUGAUAUUGUGCUUAAGUUGCUGAUGAAGUACUCUGAUAAUUAUCCCCAGCUUCAGUUGCCAAUUCGCAGGGCUUCUCACAAUAUUAUUGAGAAGAUGAAGAAGAGAUCAUUACAGGCUGUGAAGGAGAUGAUUGAGAUGGAGACCAUUGCCGAUUUCACUCUCAAUCCCGAUUACAUGAAAACCUGGAAGGAGCUGAUGGAACAACAAGAAAGUUUUAUGGAGGCAAUCAACAAGACUAAAAAGCCAUCAAUGCAAGAAAAUUUAAGGGAGGUAAUCAACAAGUCUAAAAAGCCGUCAAAAAUAUAUCUGAAUGGUUUUGGUGAAGUUGAAAUCGAGCACCUGAGGCAAUACAGUGAUUCAAUAGUAGAGCAGGCAUUCGACAUGAGGAUGAGGCUGACAGUAUACUGGAAGAUUGUUGUUUUGAGGCUUGCAGAUGAACUUGCACUGCACGUUCUCCGCUGCCUGAAAGUGCUUGUUGAGGAUGAAGUGGAGCUUGAAAUGGUUAACGAAGUUGUCGGGACGAGCGCUAAUGGAAUCGAGAAGAUGCUGGAGGAAUCUCCAGCUAUUGCGAGCAAGAGGGAGAGGCUGAAGAAGAGCAUCGAACUGCUCAAGGAAUCAAAGCAGGUGGUGGCUAAUAUCAUGGACCGUAUCAGGUCAAUUGGUGAAUAGGACUUGUUAGUAAUAAUAAUGAGGCAAAAUUUGGGGCGUAAAGAUCAUUUCCCUUACGGUCAGCUUGGAUACAAAUAAGAGGAGGGGACGGGAGUGGUUGGCUUAAACCUAAGGGGAGGGAGUGGAAAGAAAAAAGAUGAAAUGUAUUUAUUUGUGUUUGGAUAGACAACUAUGGGUGGGAGAAUACACUGUUUUGUUUGGAGUAGAGGAUGGGAAGGCGAGAGAAGCUACUUGACCAAUAUAUCCUUUUAAUAAAAUUAGAUAGAACACCUUUUGGUUUUCUCAUA